CUGAACGUCCGUCAACCCAAGCUCCGAGAGAAUAUCCUCUUCGUACGUCUGCGUGUAGAUGUGGCUGUAGAGGAGGGGAUCCGAUUCGGAAGCCACAGUGUUUGUCUGAAGAAAAAGAAGAAGAAGAAGUUGAAUGUGUCGUGUCGUUCAGUCGCUCUGUGCUAGUGCGUGGAAAAUUGGUGGAAAAUGAAGUGUUUCUGGUGAGUCCUGGUGCAAUAGACACUGUUCACGGGUACCAAGUGAUUGGGGGCACAAGAUGAGAAACAGCAAAAGCCCAAACAAUUACUCGAAAUAUGAGAAAAUACCGCAAGACGUAAAGGGUGACGGUGAAGUGUGUUUUGGGGGCAGCGGCAGCAACAGACAGGAAUCGAUUGUGGGUGAAAAUACAAACACAUCCAUUGACCCUGAAAUGCUUCUCUCCACGACGGAAUCCUCAAUUUUGUCCGCAAAUGAAGUGGCGGGACGUCUCCAUGUGGAUCUACGGACAGGCUUACGGUGGUCUGAGGCUAAUUAUCGAGCCAAAAUUGUUGGCUACAAUGAACUUCAUGCCCCCGAGGAGGAUCCAACGUGGAAAAAGUACAUUGAACAAUUCAAAAAUCCCCUCAUACUUCUCUUACUUGGAUCCGCCCUUGUUAGUAUUUGCAUGAAGCAAUUUGAUGAUGCAGUCAGUAUUACAAUAGCAAUCAUCAUUGUGGUGACUGUGGCUUUCAUUCAGGAGUACAGAUCGGAGAAGAGUUUGGAGGAGUUGAAAAAGUUAGUCCCACCCGAAUGUCAUUGCUUACGCGAGGGACGCCUUGAGAAUUUUUUGGCACGUGAACUUGUUCCUGGAGAUGUUGUUUAUCUCAAUGUGGGUGAUCGUGUACCGGCGGAUGUGCGUAUUUAUGAGGCAAUCGAUCUCUCUAUUGAUGAAUCGAGUUUCACAGGGGAAACGGAACCGGCCAAGAAGACGGCUGAUGUGAUCUUUCACCAUGGGCACCAUAACAAAGAUCACACAAAUAUGAAAAAUAUUGCAUUUAUGGGGACUCUUGUACGAUGCGGCAGUGGCAAGGGGAUUGUCGUUAGUACGGGGGAGAAGAGUGAAUUUGGGGAAGUGUUCAAGAUGAUGCAGGCUGAAGAGGCACCCAAAACGCCAUUGCAGAAAUCCAUGGAUAUUCUCGGGGCUCAGUUGAGUUUCUACUCUUUCUGCAUUAUUGGUGUAAUUAUGCUACUUGGGUGGUUGCAGGGAAAAGCCCUCACGGAGAUGUUUAACAUUAGUGUGAGCUUGGCCGUGGCUGCAAUUCCGGAGGGGCUACCAAUUGUUGUCACCGUAACCCUUGCCCUUGGGGUAAUGCGAAUGGCAAAGAGGAGUUGUAUUGUGAAGAAAUUACCCACAGUUGAGACAUUGGGGUGCGUAAAUGUUAUUUGCUCAGAUAAAACUGGUACAAUUACGAAGAAUGAGAUGACUGUUACGGUGAUCAUAACAUCCGAUGGGUAUAUGGCUGAUGUCACUGGUGCUGGGUACAAUGAUUGCGGUGAGAUUCACAUACGCGACUGCAAUAGCCAUGAGCAAGCCAAGCAGAGUAUAAUGAAUCUCCUGGAAAUUGGGGCGGUGUGCAAUAAUGCCGUCAUACAGAAUGGGACACUCCUUGGGCAACCCACUGAAGGUGCCCUCUUAGCUGUUGCCAUGAAGAGUGGGAUGUAUGCAGCAGCGGAGAAUUAUGUACGCGUGCAAGAGUACCCAUUUAGUUCGGAACAAAAAAUGAUGGCUGUUAAGCUGUACCCAAAGUAUGGGAAUACAAAGGAGGAGAUUUUCUUCGUGAAGGGUGCUCUGGAGAUUCUCCUGCCACAAUGCACAAAGUACAUGUUUGGCGGACAAGUGGUGCCGCUGACGAAGAAGAAUGAAGCAGAAUUCAUGACAGAGGCCUAUGAAGUGGGUCGCAAGGGGCUCCGUGUGCUAGCACUAGCAAAGGGGAAGAGUUUUCAAGAUUUGGUCUUUAUGGGUAUUGUGGGGAUCACAGAUCCACCACGUCCACUUGUCCGGGAGUCCAUUGAGAUUCUCAUGCGGAGUGGUGUACGCGUGAAGAUGGUCACAGGAGAUUCCCAGGAGACAGCUAUAGCCAUUGCAUCUCUCAUUGGACUCGAUGUGGUGCACCAGCAGGCAAUCUCGGGGCAGGAGAUGGAUCAAAUGAGUGAUAUUCAACUGGAGAAGAUCAUAAAUAGCGUUAGUGUCUUCUACAGGGUGACGCCAAAGCAUAAAUUGGCCAUUGUGAAGGCACUCCAGCAAACGGGGAAUAUUGUUGGCAUGACGGGGGAUGGGGUGAAUGAUGGGGUGGCUCUCAAGAGGGCAGACAUUGGGAUUGCAAUGGGAAAAAAUGGAACGGAUGUGUGCAAAGAGGCAGCCGAUAUGAUUCUCGUUGAUGAUGAUUUUCACACCAUUAUUGCUGCAAUUGAAGAGGGUAAAGCCAUUUUCUACAAUAUUCGUAAUUUUGUGAGAUUCCAAUUGAGUACGAGUAUUGCGGCACUCUCAUUGAUUGCUCUUGCCACGUUGAUGGGUAUUGCAAAUCCCCUGAAUGCUAUGCAAAUUCUGUGGAUAAAUAUCAUAAUGGAUGGGCCACCGGCACAAUCAUUGGGUGUUGAACCCGUGGAUCAGGAUGUGUUGAAGCAGAAGCCACGAAAUGUACGGCAACCAAUGAUAACGCGUUCGGUGAUUGUGAAUGUUCUCCUGUCGGCGAGUAUUAUCAUCUUGGGCACACUGUGGGUGUUCCAGCGUGAGAUGGCUGAUGGUUCGGGGGGGAAGACAAAACGUGACACGACGAUGACAUUCACGUGCUUUGUCCUCUUUGACAUGUUCAAUGCACUGAGUUGUCGCUCACAGACAAAGAGUGUUUUCCAAAUUGGCCUCUUUUCCAAUAAGAUGUUCCUCCUGGCUGUUGGUUUCUCCCUCCUUGGGCAACUUCUUGUCAUCUACUUCCCACCGUUGCAGAUGGUUUUUCAAACUGAAGCCCUAACACCGAUGGAUUUGCUCUUUCUCGUCUCCCUCACGUCGUCCGUGUUUAUUGUGUCUGAGCUGAAGAAAUGGUUUGAACGCUCCAUGGAGAGGCGAAUGUAUAAGAAUCGAUCUGAAAUGGAUUUUGUAUGACAGUCAGCCCACGCUGGAAGAUUGCACAUGGAUUAAAAAAUAAAAUAAAAUGUUUGACGACACUUGGAGCUGAUGAUGAAUAAGAGCAUGAGAUCAACAGCAGGUAAAAAAAAACAAACAAAAUUCCUUCUUUUACUUCAAUCAACAACAACAACAACAGAAUCAUAGAAAAAACUUCUGCGAUGCCUUUGAAUAGGUUGUCUUGACAGCUUUGGAGGAAGGAGUUGGAAAAAAAAAUAAUCGAAUAAUGUUCUUCGGAGAAAAUUUUUAAAAUCAUUCCAUAAUGAAGAAUUUUAUUUGUGGCCCACGAGAAUUAUAAAAAUAAGAAAAAAAAGUUCUAAACAAAAACAAGAAUUCUUAAUUUUAUUUAACAGAAGAAUAAAUACUUUAUUAAAUUUUCUUUGACGAGUAAAGUUAUUCAAGAAAAAAUGAAAUAUUUACAAAACAAUCAUCGCAGAAGGAUAAAAAAAAGAAAAUAAUUGAUAAAGGAUAAAAAUUUUAAACAGGGGUUGUGAAUUUUUUAAUUUUUAAUUUGCAGAGAAUUUAAUAUGAAAGAAAUGAUUUAAUUCUUCCUUUCUUUCUCUAUUUUGUUAGAUUGAAAAUUUUCCAAAAUCUCUAAAAAAAUAUAUAUAUUUUAUUAAUUAUCUCUAGGACUAAUAUAAAGUCAAAGAAUUUAAUUAAAAUUUUAAAGGGAAUUUUAGUUUUUUUUUUAAGUUUACAAAACACAUUCAAGUCACGAUAAGAAGAUAAGAACUUGAACAGAAGUAAAUCAUUGUUUGUGCCUAUAUAUGGAACAAUAAUGUGGAAAAUAGCUGGAUAGAUAUAUUAGUUUUUUUUUGCAAUUAUCUAUUUUUAAAAUUUAUUUAUUUUCUUCAAUAGCAAAAUAUUUUUUUUCUUCCCUCCCUUAGAAAAAAAAAUUCUCAGAGGCGAUAAAAAUUGUAAUUUAUAAUUUGUGUUUUAAUAGGAAACAAUAUUAUUUUUUUUUUGUAAUAAAAUAGCUCAUUAUUAGCCAUAGUUUUUUUAUAUUGUGUUUGUCUCCUUUGUCUUAAGAAAAAGGGCAUAAGGAGAAUGAAAAGAAAGAAAAGAAUGUUGAGAAAGAUACUGAAAUUAGUUGCUAAACUGAUUGUGAUAUUACGGAAUAAGCAGCUCCUCUUUUUUGUUUGCCAAUUUAGUUAUAAUUUUCCUCUUUUGUCACUUAAAUAUAUUUUGAUGAAAUUGCUACCCUUAGCCACACAUCAUAAAACAUACGAUAUAAUUAAUAAAUAAAUACAUAAUAAACUUAUAUAAAAAAAAGUAAUGACUUAAUCAGUAAAUUCAAUAUGGUGUUUAGAAAAAAGAUUAUAAAAAAACAGACGAUUAAGCAACUCUCUUUAGCCUUUGGUCUGUCUUGAUGACUAAAAAAAGAUGAGAAUAGGGAAUGUUGAGACAAUUUUUUCACAUUUAAACCAUUUAAAGACUAAUUAUUGAAGAGUAAGAAAAUCACUUUCCGUCAUCCUAGGUUCGACGCCAUCUUGUGAUUUUCUUUAAAACACAAAGGUAGGUUUUUCUCAGGAUCUACUGGAUGGAUUUUGAUGGGGUAAAAAGCAAAUGAAAGAGGAAGGAUUAGCGAAGAAUGUACCGGAACAGAUUUUUGAAUUUCGACUCAGAAACUGAGAAAAGAAGAUAAAUAUUCUUAUUGACUUUUCUCAACUUCUGCGUCGAAAUUCAAAAAUCUGUUCCGGUACAUUCUUCGUUAAUGCUUCCUCUUUCAUUUGCUUUUUACCCCAUCAAAAUCCAUUCAGUAGAUCCUGAGAAAAACAUAUCUUUGCGUUUUAGGAAAGAAAAGUCGGAAAAUCUUAAGAUGGCUAAAAGUGAUUUUCUUAUACUUCAAUAAUUAGGCUACAAAUGUAACUAACAUCGGAAAACCCGGUUUAAGAAAAAAAUGACAACAUUAAAAAUGUUUUAAAUUCAUACAGCUUUCCCAAAAGACCCCGAUUCGAUCAAUUUCUUUUAGAGGUUUAAAACGUUUUAAUUGAGAAAACAUUUAAAGUUCAGGGGGCUAAAAAUAAUCCAAUUCUAGUUUUAAAAAAAUGUCUCAUUCUGCCCCAUUCUCCUCUAUACUUCUAUUAAAGUCUUCAGAGCAGACCUAGAGCUAUUUAUGUCUCAAAUUAAAUUUCCUUUUAAACCUCUUCUGUAAACUUUCCUUAAAAUUGGAAAAUUCAAUAGACCAAAACUGGAAAAUUGAUUUUUUUUUAUAAUUUAAACAAAAUUCUUCUCGCAAUUUCCUGCUUUUUUUAUUUUUUGGUUUUUUUUCCAAUAAAAUGUGCAUCCUAUCGAGGAAGAGCAUAAAAUGCUCUCUAAAUAAUCCUUCUUCUCCAUCCUAAAAAAAGAAAUCUCUCUCUAAUGAUAAAGUACGAGAUAAAGUAUAUAAAACAAAAAAUUACAUAUUCAACUAUAAAAAAUUGAUAAAAAAAAUAGUAAAGGAAUGAAAAGUAAAUAAAAUGAAACCUAUGGUUAUCAGAAGAAACAUUCGUUGUCUAAACACAAUAUUAAUUAUAUUCAUAUAGAUGGGAAAAUAAAAUUCUAUAGUCUAUUCAGUUUAAUUUUGCACCAAAACUCCACCAGUUAAAUGAAAGAAAAUUUAAUUGAGAAGAGUUUUUUUUUUCAAGAGACUAGUGGAGCUUUAUGUAAAAUUACUUUGAAUAGAAUGUAAAACAAAGAAUAAUGGAGAAUGAUAGUAAAAGGAAAAAUAAGAAAACAAAACAAAUGGAGUAAAAGGUAAGAAGAAGAAAUGAGGAAUCAGUGAAAGAGUCAAAAUCACAUGAAAAAAUCUUCUAGCGUGAGAAUUAUAAUUGAGAAAACUUUAAAAGAAAAUAAAUGAAAAAUUUUGUACUGAAAUUUGCCAGCAUUUUUAAGGGUAUUAAAGUGCGAAAAAUUUGCAUUAAAAUUAGUAAAAAAAAAAUUAGAUAACAUUUUGAUUACAAAGAUUAAAAAAAAAAACAUUUUCAAAUUAUUGAGACAAUAGAAGUGUUAAAAAAAUAAAAAAUAAAAUAAUUUUCAUCAAGUUUGAUGGUUAGAAAUUUAAGAAUGAAGAAAAGAAAAUUAAUAAAUUUCGACACGCACCUUGCUAGCAACAAAAGCACGUUAAAAAAAAUUUAAAGGAGAUUUUAGAGACAUUUAUUCAGCACGAUUCCGCAAUCAAAAACAAAUAUCACGCAUUAUUCCAAAUUUUUGAUAUUAAAUAAGGUGUUCCAAGGUAAAUGCAAAUAAUAAAAAAAAAUAUUUUUUUUAAAGGAAUGAGGAUGAAAUUUAAAAGCUUUGAAAAGGAAAGCAAAAGAGUCUACAGAACGUCAAAUAUUUCUUGAACGAUCAAGUAAUAAAUUUCAAGCUGAAAAUUGUAUUAAAAAAUUACAUCUUCAAACGUUUUAUAAAUGUCAAAUGAUUGAAGAAACGUCAAAUGUUAAAAAUGAACGUCAAAAACAAACAAAUGUCAAAAGUUCAAAAAGCGUAGAAUGAAAUGUCAAACGCCUAGACAAGGAACGUCAAAUGCAAAAAAAAAGUUUACAGAAACGUCAAAAAGUAGUAAAGAAAUGCUAUCUUUUUUUUUUAUUUUGGCCGGACGUCAUUCUGAUUUCUGACAUCCACACAGCUAAAAGAAAUAAACUUCAAGCAAAAAAGUCUAAUGUUGGAAAAAGAGGCUCAGAUGAUAGGAAAAAACGCCAAACGUUAGAUAAAGAAAAGUCAAACGUUUAAGAAAUACAAAAACAAAUUAUCAGACGUUUUGUCAAUCUUAUUUCCUUGAAUUAAUUUUUGGUCUUCUGAUUACGAAAAAACACCAAUUUACUUAAACUUAAAAAAAAUAUCCUGAUCAUUCGGGAAAUUCACUAAAUAUUGGACCUUAUUUAGAGACCAAGAAAUCCUUGAAAUCUUUGAAUUUUGUACUGAAAUUCUAGGUACAUUUCCAGGCAUUUCCUGGUAAGUUUUUAAAAACUCGAUCUUCGUAGAAUUUUUCUUUCAAGAAAACUAUUUCUUUAUAAAAAAAAUCUUUUAGUUCACAUAACUCUUGGAACAACCUUUGAAAGAAAAAAAAACUUUAGUCAAGCAUGAUUCAUUCUUCUACCUAUCAUUAGGUAUUAAUAUUAAUGUAGUAGGUAUAUAAACUUAUAUUGAUAUGAAAAACAAAGUAUAUUUAUUAAUUGUUGUGUGAAAAUAUAAAAUAUUGAUGAUGAAAAGAAAAUAUUUGUAGGCUACGUAGUAUUUUUUACACAACACAAAAAACUCCUUUCGAAUUUGCAUUAUUGGCUUUUCUCGCAUUUUAUCUGCGGCUAUUACCUACUUUAUUAUCUAUUGAUGUUGACAUCUACACAAAAUGUGAAUGAGAAAAAUUAUUUAAAGAAAAAUAAAUAAAUAAAUAUCUCUGAUAUUCUUAGCUAAAUCGAAUUCAUAUGAGCGGAAGAAAAAUCAUUUUAGAAGAAGAAAAAUCACUAAAACAUUAUCCUAUAUGUCCUAUAAUCACAUCAUACCCCCUUAUUCCAAAGAUUUAAAAAAAAGAGAACAAUUAAACACACAAUAAGAGAAGUACGUAAAAAAAAUCAAGCAUGAUGUUAACAAUGUUCAAAUGAGUAAGGCAUAUCCAUUGGGUCUAAAUUAAGGACAAACCACAACAAAGAGAAACAUCAUGAUUGAAGAACUUUGCAUUGAAUUCAUAUCAAUUAAGAGAAAAAAAAUACUUUACCAGUUUAAGCCACAAAUUCACGAGUAGUGUGGCACUCUAAAUAAAAAAAAAACUUACGUCUUGGUAACCUUUUUGGCAUAGAUUCGCACAAAUUUUGCAGUUUAUUACUUAAUAAAAAAAAGAAGAGAGAUAAAUUUGAGAGAAUAGAAAAACAUUUCUUCGCAAUUUCUAGACGAGUUCAAUGGCAAACAUAAUCGCUUUGUAAUCUUGUAGUCGAUGAAGAGAGAUUUGAAGAUGAAAAAAAAACAUUCUAAUGACCAAUAAAAACCACUUAUUAUGUAUUUAAAAUAAAAAUUAUAAAAAUA